UUUUUUUUUCUCCAAACACCUCAACGAUCAACUACUGCCAAAGUAGUACAUGUAUGCGCCAUUCAGUUGUUAGUCUAUGUGUGGCCUAGAUUGAGCCAGAGCUGACUUUGAAUGAGUGCGUCAAGUAGCUGCCAAACCUACAAUUAUGCGGAAAAGCGUGUUUGAACACAUGCUGCCUCUUACUUCCGAGUGCAGAAUUUCCCCGCCUCACGUAAACACACCCUUCACUGCACUAGCGGAAAAGCACAGAGUAAAUCAACGCAUUUUAAAACAAACAUCAAAGACCUCCGGCGGCCGGCUUUGAGUCCGGCUGACUCGUAUUUUAAAGACUUGUUCUGACUGUUAUUGGGGCUCCUCGAAGUGUACUCUGCUGUGUCAGUGUGCGGAUACAGUGGUGGACUUGUCCGUCUGGGUUUCUGAACGGACUGGCGGGCUGCAGGGACAUUUUUAUGUUGUUUUCGUGCGCUAGUCUCAGUCACCUUAAAACGGUUGCAUUUUAACGAAGGGUUGAGAUGUCGCCUAACGAGAGGGCAGCUCGUGCCUUGAAAGAGAUUCUUCAAAGGCCAGGCAACGACACUUGUGCUGACUGUGGUGCGCCUGACCCAGAGUGGGGCUCCUGCUCGCUGGGAAUCUUCAUCUGCCUGGCCUGCUCUGGGAUCCACAGGAACAUUCCGGAUGGGAAGGUCAAGUCGCUGACGCUGUCCCGCUGGGAGGACCAGGAGGUGGAGUUCAUGGCGGAGACCGGUAACAUCCUGAUGAAGAGGCGGUACGAGGCCGCCGUGCCCGUCUACUACUACAAGCCAUCCCACCGGGACUGCCAGGUUCUAAGGGAGCAGUGGAUCCGGGCCAAGUAUGAGAGGAAGGAGUUUAUGGAGGCCGGCAAGAAACUAAUAUAUGAGGAUGACACCAGGGACGGGAUGUUGAUGAAGAUGGGGCGGGACAACGGGCAGUUCCUCAGCAGGCGAUUCGUCCUCUCGGAGCGGGAGGGAACUCUGAAAUACUACACCAAGUACGACGCGAAGGAGCCCAAGGCUGUGGUGAAGGUGGACACCAUCAACGCAGCGUUCCAGCCAGAGAAGAUAGGGAACCCUAACGGCCUGCAGAUCACCUACCUGAAGGACUACAGCACCCGCAACAUGUUCCUCUACCACGACAGCGGCAAGGAAAUAGUGGACUGGUUAAACUCAAUCAGGGCAGUCCAGCUUCACUACCUGAAGGUGGCUUUCCCAGGUGCCAGUGAUGCAGAGCUGAUGCCCAAAUUGACCCGCAGCUUCCUGAAAGAGGGCUAUAUGGAGAAGACAGGGCCCAGGCAAACAGAAGGUUUUAAGAAACGCUGGUUCACCCUCGACCACAGACGUCUCAUGUACUUCAAAGAUCCUCUGAAUGCCUUUGCCAAGGGCGAGGUGUUCCUGGGACACCGUGACCAUGGUUACAGCGCCAGCCCCGGCCUGCCUGCCGGGAUCCACUGCAACGGCACCUGGCAACACGGCAUCACCAUAGUAACCCCAGAACGCAGCUUCCUGUUUACGUGUGAGACGGAGAACGACCAAGCCGAUUGGCUGAAAAGAUUCAAUGACGUCAUCAGCACUGUCAUGUCUCCUCAGGAAUACUCCAUGGAGGCGCUCUUCAAACACAGACACUGACCAGACACACCCUCCUACCAUGACCCCUGACCUCGGAACCCUGGAUGACACCAAGAAACGUCAGUUUGGAUUGGUUAUUGUAGGUAAUCCUUGGAACAGACUAGGUUUUAAUGCGAUGGAAACACUACCGAAGGAGUGUAACCUCUACCAAGUACCCUGUUCUUGUCACAGUCCAGGUCUGUGAGGAAAUAUGUUAGUUUCCAGUCUAUUGCACCAUAGUGGGAAAUUAGUGAAGCAAUAUUUUGGGUGAGUAAUGUGUGACUGUAAGAACUAGGUGAUGUCUGAUUCUGAUUUCUGAUUCUGAUGUCACAGUGCCAUCUAGUGUCUGAACACUGUACUACAUUUGAUGUGGAUUUCCAGCCUUCUCUGUGUUAUACCAACUGGACAAGAUCUAGACCACCACAGUUAGCAAAAGGGUGAUGAAUACAGUACAUAUAUGUCAGUUUUACAAUAUUAUUUCUUCAAAACUGUUUCCUCAUAACCUCGCUAAUAAAACUGUUCCUCACCC